AUGCACUCCAAUAGCUCGCCAUACUUGGUGGUUCCUGAUUCACAAGGCAAUUUAUACAUUGCUGAUAGAAACACUCAUGCUAUCACUAAAAUCGAUUCGAACGGGAAGCUCCAAGUUGUCGCAGGUACUCCAGGAACAGCUGGUUAUUCAGGAGAUGGCGGUUCUCAAUUAUCUGCAAAACUGCGUUUCCCUGAUUCGUUUACCAUUGCAGCAAAUGGUGAUUUCUAUUGGACAGAAUAUGGAAAUUGCAUUGUAAAAAAGGUUUCCAAUAAUGUCAUCUCUACGGUUGCUGGAAGCUCUGGUUGUUCACACAUAGGUGACGGAGGUCAAGCUACAAGCGCAAAGCUAAGUUCCCCAUUUGGAGUUGCAGUCAACAGUUUGGGUGAACUCUAUGUGAGUGAAAAUACAUCUCCUUAUGUUAGAAAAGUCUCAACAAAUGGUAUCAUUUCUACAGUGGUUGGUAAUGGUGCAUGUUCAUACACUGGUGAUGGAGGAGCUGCUACAUCAGCCUCUGUUUGUAAUAUGAGAGGUAUUGCUUUUCAAAAAUCAACUGAUGAUCUUUACAUUGCUGAUUUUAGUAACAAUGUUAUUAGAAAGGUUUCAGCUGCUUCUGGAAUUAUUACUACUGUUGCAGGUACCGGAACUGCUGGAUAUUCUGGAGAUAAUGGACCUGCAACCAGUGCAAAGAUUACAGGCCCUUCAUACAUGCAUGUCACAGAUUCUGGUGACAUCUACAUUGCCGAAACUAAAAGUAAUGUGAUCAGAUUUGUGAAUGGCACAACUGGAAUUAUCACUACCAUUGCAGGAAGUGGAAGAAGUGGAGACGCAGGCGAAGGAGGUCCAGCACUUAAAGCAGAUUGUUUAAAUUUACCUUUUGGUGUUUGGGUUUUGGAUGAUCGAUCAGUUCUCAUUGCUGAUGCUGGUAAUAACAAGAUUAAGAAAUUGACUCCUGUUUGUUAUCCUGGCUCUGGAUUGAUAUUGGACACAGCAACAUUCACUUGUGUUUGUCCAUCAGGUUAUACCUUGAAUGCAGCCAAUGAUGGUUGUGAUGCUACCUGUUUUGGUGUUGCCAAUACAUCAUCUACAGUGUGUGGUGGACAUGGUUCAUGCGUCGAUGUUGAUAACUGUGUUUGCUUUGAUGGAUGGGAAGGAGGAGCAUCUGAUUGUUCUGUCCAUUCUUGUGAAGCAAUGAAUAAUUGCAGUUCACACGGUGAUUGUGUGGCCAAUAAUACUUGUACAUGUAUUGGUGGAUGGCAAGGAAGUGCUGAUUGUUCUGUUGCAUCCUGUGAUGGCUUAAAUAACUGUAAUGGAAAUGGUAUUUGUGGGUCCAAUAAUACUUGUAGUUGUGCAAGUGGAUGGAGUACCAAUGAUUGCUCUGUUUUCAAUUGUGACGCCAUUAAUAAUUGUAGUGGUCAUGGUUGGAAAGGAGACUCUGCUUGCUCAACUUAUUCCUGUGACGGUCUUAACAACUGCAAUGGUCAUGGAUCAUGCACUGGAGCUAAUGUUUGUGUUUGCCAAUCUGGUUGGAAAGGAGAUUCCGCUUGUUCAACUUAUUCCUGUGAAAAUGUCAGUAAUUGUAAUGGCCAUGGUUCAUGCAGUGGUGUUAAUAUGUGUAACUGUACUUCAACUUACACUGGUUCACAAUGUGAAAUUCCGGUCUGUUAUGGAAGAAACGCAACUGAUGCAAAAGUUUGCAGUGGAAAUGGUAACUGUUCAUCACCUGACACUUGUGUUUGCAAAGGAAAGUGGGUUGGUUCAAAUUGUCAAACUCCAACAUGUUUUGGUGUUAGUGCUUUGGAUCUGACUGUUUGUAGCUCUCGUGGUAAUUGCUCUGCCAUUGAUACCUGUUCAUGUUCGAGUGGAUAUUCUGGAUCCAAAUGUGAAACAAAUAAUAGAGCAGUAGUUAGUAUGGCAUCCACUAGGAUUGGUCAACAAUGGCUUGUAUUAUUAUUAGCAACUUGCAUUGUUGGUUUCGUUUCUGUUUUCCUCCUCUAA